AUGUCAUCAUAUCCGAGCUCUUGGUUCAGGCAGGGCAGCGUGGGCCAGCUCUUCCAAGUCGGCAAGCGCAUCAGCCUCUCCCACCCACAGCCCACGAACUGGGAAGUUGUUGACAUUUUACAUGAACACGCCGCCCAGCUGCCCAAAGGAGCAGCCGGCCCCUCGCUAGCUUCUCUUCUUCUACGCUGUACCCAGAUUGGAGGCUGCCAACAAAAGGCUAUGAUGCGCAUUGUAAUGCAAAUUCCAGAAAUCGAUACUGAGCUUGAGGACUCGACCGUUCGGGCAAAGCAGGCUUACCCCAGGGCGUAUCGCACCAAAGAAUUUCAAGCCUUCUCCACCUUGACUCGACGCGGUUCUACAAUCACUCCCCGUUUUAUUGGAUAUUGCGACGGUCGACAAGGUCCCUCGGGGCUCGUCCCUGGUGGCUUUCUGAGUUACUACGCGUGGGAGAUCGUCCCCGGUUCGCAGCUCGGUGAUUACACUGGGAAAGCCACCAUGUUCUGGACUUUAGGUCAGCAGGAGCGGGAGGAAAUUCGAGCUGCUUUUCGCGAGACCUUUGUACAGAUCACGGCGAUGGGUAUCUGGCCAGACGCCGCCGGAGCUGCCAAUUUAGUAUGGGACUUCAACACGCGAACUCUUUACUGGGUAGGCUUUCGAAACUGCGACAAAUGGACGAAGUCGAACAAAUGGGACGAUGCUUGGUUAGCAUUCUUCGAUCUUGUCAAGACUCCUAAUCGGCUCUGGCUUCGUCCAGAUUGGAAUCAUGAUACUUCAGGGUGGAUUUACUAG